UUGUAUUAUUUAAUUAGCUUCCAGCCGGUGCUAAUCCACCUAUGCCACGUGGAUUUUUUGAAACGAAUCAUCAUAUAGCUAGUGUGGAUUUUUUCUUCGAUUCAAGAGAAGUUGUGAAACGAUUAAAACUAACACCAGGUCAUUAUCUACUUGUUCCAUGUACAUAUGCAGCUGAUCAACCAGGUGAAUUCUUACUACGUUUAUUAUUUGACAAUCCGGAUAGAAUGUGUGAACCUACAUUAGAGCGUAUAGAAAUUAGUGGUCUAGCUGCAACUGGUCCGGAGCUUGAUCCUAACUAUGAAUUAUUUCAACCACGUCUCAGACGAUUGUUUUAUGAAGCUUCAGGUGAAUCGAUGGCUGUCGAUGCAUUUCAGUUAGAGCCAAUACUUAACUGUCUUUUACGAGAUGAUCAUCGAGCACCGUAUAGUAUGGUUAGCACAGAUGCUUGUCGAUCUCUGGUAGCUCUUCUUGAUCGUGAUGGAACUGGACGUUUGAGUGAAUCUGACUUUCGACGAGUAUGGGAUAUUUUAAGAUCAUGGUCUCGUAUGUUUGCAAGUUUUGACCCACAAAGAACUGCUCAUGUAACAAGUUUAGACUUUCGAAUUAUUGUUGAACAAGCUGGUUAUACUCUUCCGCAUACAUUAUUUUCUAAACUUGUGAAUCGAUUUGUUAAUGUAGAUUGGCGUCUUGAUUAUCCUCAUUUUAUCAGCGCUAUGUCACUUAUAACAAAAGCAGUUGCAAUUUUUAAGAAUUUCGAUCAUGGUGGACGAGCUGUUCUACCUUUGGAACAAUUCGUGGAAAUUGCAAUGACAAUGUGAUUGAAAUGAAAUAAACAAAGGACAAAUUACUCUUCUUCCUCUCCCCCUUUUUUUUAUAAAUUUUGUAUUCCUUGUAAAAAAGAAUUUUGGUGAUUCACUAAUACACAAUUUAUUUUAUUAAAUCAGAUGACUUAUUGAUAUUUACCACUUGAUUGUUGUACAAUCAUGAUAAUAAUAAUAAUAAUAAAUUUAAUUUUCAAUACUUAUUUACACAAAGUUUGGUUAUUUUUUACACGAAAUCCUACUAUUUUUAUGUUUCUUAUUGAUACAUAUAAAUAUAUAUGCAGAAGGACAGGUGUUGCUCUUUUUUAUUCAUUAUUCUAUUGAUUGAACCGGCAAAUUAUUCGUCAACAUGGUCAAUUCGAAUUACUGUUCUACAUUUUAUUUAUUUCACCUCAAUUUCAAUUAUUCACAUUCGACAACCAACCAAAUUAUGAAGGUUAUUUAAAUAAACGGACAGUAAAGACGAUUACUGUUGGUUCGAUAACUACUGAUUUUCUCAAAUCAUUGAAAAGUGUGUAUAACAAUUAGAGCAGACAAAAAUCAAAUAGUCCUUGUUAUACCUAUCGACAAAUGUUUCUUUUGUAUACAUUAAUUUAAUUGUUUACUCAUUAGAACUGCUGUGAAAGAAAAACAAAUGACAGGAUUAAAAUAAAUUAUUUUCUCAUUAUUAUUAUUAUUAUGAUUAUUAUUUACUACUUAAAAGUUAUUUUGUUUUUACAAUCCUCUUCGUAACUUAAUAUAUAAAGAAAUAUAAUUCUGUUGUCUCGUUAACUAACAAUAUUUCUAUAACUACCAAGAUUACUAAUUAUUGUAAUCAUAAUCAUUAUUCAUUCAUAAUUAAUUUGGUAAAAGUUAAUAUAUUCCAAAAAAGGUUCAGUAACUUUUACUUUCCACUUGUUUUACUCUAUUUAAUCUCCCCCACUAUGUGUCUUUUAGUUUUUAUUUCUUUCUUUUGUUUUUUCCUUCUCAUUUUACAAUCUCUGUCUCCGUUUGUUCCCUUUUCCUUUAUAUCAGUUACAUUUCGUAUUUUCAAAAGGAAAUCUGGAUUUCCACUGUUCUUUCAAUAUAUAUCUAUAUAUAUAAGCACACCUGUGUUCUAAUAAUUUGUUAUACUAAAUUAUCUGCAAACAAAUCUUUUGUAUCUAUUGAACAAGAAAAAAUAAAUUCUCACGUAUAUUUUAUGAUCUAAUUUCGGUUUUCUCUUUUCAAGUCGUAAUUAGUAUUCCUUACUUGUAUAUAAAUAUAUAUAUAUGUUUCUAUUUAUUUCUAUUCUCUUCUCUGUUUCAUUUACUUCGUUGUGGGAUUUUAUAUAUUUUUUCAUAUACUCAUUCAUAAAUUGAUUCUGGUUUUUGAAUUCUUCUCCUUUUUCUUUUGUGUUUCUGCAUUUAAAAAAAAACUGUAUUUGUUAUUAUACUGAAUAUUGUAAUUUAUUUUAUACAAUAGACAUUUUCAAUUGUGUUUAUUUAA